AUGCGUCGGGUCAACGCCUUUCGCCAUUUUCGACUGGACUUUCGCCAAUGUCGGACGUAUUCUCAGGGUCGAAUAUUUAAUACCCAGCAAGUACGACUGAGAAAGCCAUGGAUCAGGCGAUUUGCGACUACCUGCCUGGUUUACGGCGCAGCCUUUCAUCUUUGGACCUCACUAGUAUACCUACAAUUCGAUAGCGAGAUCACACAGAGUUCCACCGAGGAUCAUGUCGCUCAAAAGGGAGGCACAACCGAUGAAAUUGACGCUUCUUACUCGGAAGAAGAAAAUGCCUCGUUCAUACCGUUGAGCUGGCCUCGGCUCUGUGAUGGUGAGCUGUAUGCCUACACAGAUCCAGAAUGGAAAGCCUUUGCAGAAGUCAGGAAAGACGUAAAAGGCUUGCAUAAGAUAAAGACGGAGCUUUUACAGAUUGCUAGCAAAAGAUUAGCAGCCGUCCCGGAAUGUAUAGAUCUCUUCGGAUCUGAUCUGAAAGUUGGCCAGGAAUGGUUGCUGCCUUUCUUUCCAUAUCGUGCUCCUCCUCAUUAUGAAAGAUAUGGCUUGGAGAUUUCAGACACUGAGAUAGCCCUGGUUUCACAAUCUAUGCGUCCCGAAGAUGGAGAUAAAAUGUGGAAAGCAUUAAUCCCCCUGGCCGUCGCGUCGGCUACAUUUAAAGGCCUGUCAGUUUUAUACCGCAGGAAGAUGGACCGAAUGCAAAACUUUUUGGGAGUCAACGAUGCGACAUCCAGCACCGAUGAGGCUAUAAAGGGAGUGGCUCGUUUGACUGUCAAAUCUGGUUCAAAACCCAAGACUUCCAAUUUACUAGAUUUUUCAGAGUGGGAAAUGCUGAAUGCAAACCCGGCUGAGAACAAACCACCGGCGGCGGCGACAACGGCGACAACGGCGACGACAGAUAAACCCGCCCGGGAGUACCCAGCUAAGCUGCCUGCACUUAUUUCCAUGUUGCAAAACGUCCCUUUCCCGGACUUCAACCGGGGUUCUGAUAUGCAUUUAGCCAUGCUUGCAUUCAAGCGGCACUUGUGGAGAGCUGCGCGUCGACAUAAAACUAUUCCGAAACGUGGCGUCUUUUACUUCAGUGGCCCUGUGAGCGUGAAAGGGCCCCUGGGUGAAUGUAGAGUGGACGUACGCGCUGAAUACGACCCGUCUAAGAAAAAGUUUACUGGUCUGUGGUUUAGGCUCAGAGAUGUCACGUUAUACACCCAGGACGCACUUGCGACUCCUCGCUUUGACGAGGAUGGCUGA